AUGCCUCAGCAAGCCUCACCAAAGAGCGGCCGGAAGCGGACGAGGACCGGCUGCCAGCGAUGUCGAGUCCGCAGGAUCAAAUGCGACGAGUCGAAGCCCGUCUGUCGGCAGUGCCAAGCUAAGGGGUUCAAGUGCCAGCCCCUAUCCACUUUGAAGUGGGAAGACGAGUACAACUCCAGAGGACUGGCUUUCGGCCGCAGCGGAGUAUGGUCAAAGGGCCCACUCGCCGCAAAAUCCCCGGAUUUUACCGGUGUGGGACUCAAGGACACUCUGUGGUGCGAUUUCCCGCCAAUACACGCUUACAGCUUUGUGAAUACCACCUUUGGCAGACAGGUCAACGAAGACCUCGCCUUGAUUCCCGUCGCCUCCACAGAUCCGAAGACUUGGCACCUGCCCUUGGACUCGCAAUCCGGCCAUCAUGAUCAAGCCAGAGUCGAGUUUGUCGACAGCGAUGAUGUUCUGGAACCGAAUGCACUUAUUUCCAUGCGUCUCGGUCAACUGCGCAAAGAACAGGCAUCGACAACAAUGAACAUCAGCCCGCCGCCAUCUUUCCUAUCCUUAGACGCGCUGCAGUCAACACUUCUAACAUAUUACAUUCAAAAAUUGUGCCCAUUGACCGUACCGAGUCCACUGUCUAAGUCUCCAUUCGCAACGCUGAUUCUCCCUUUCUCAAUAUCCAAGUCGUCAGCAGUCUUGAACUCAAUACUUGCGCUCGCCGCCAGCCACCGUGCAAGACAAGAUGCCACCUUCAAGCCAACAGCGCUGAGACUUUGUGGCAACGUCCUUCGUUAUCUCAGCCGCAGGAUGGGAAUGACGGAUACCAACGAAAUUGCCCUCGACCCGGAGACACUUGUCAUCACAAUGAUGCUCUGCCUCAUGGGGAUCAUCCGCGAUUGCGACGAGCGGUGGGUCGUGCAUUUGAAAGGCGCCCGAGAUCUCAUCCGGCUGCGCAGGCAGGCGCUCCUCUCUGCAGCACCGCAAAGCCAAUCAUCGCUCGAGCUGGUUGGCUUCUCAGAGAGGUUCUUUGCCUAUCAAGACAUCAUCGGCCGGACAGCCUGUGGUGAAGAGCCAAUCUUUGACGGCGACUUUUGGGUGGCUCACUGGACUAGCAACAACACCGACGCAUGGCUGGGAUGUUCGCCGGAGCUUGUGUCGAUUCUCUGCGAGAUCACGGAACUGAGUCGGCAGCGGUCAAGAGACCCUGCUGUAGCAACUUCAGACCACUUUCUGUCCCAGGCGUUCUCACUAGAGGACAGACUUGGCCGACUUGAGCAGCGAGUGCUUGAUCCUGAGGAUGACAUUUUACAAACAACGGCCGAGCUGAAAAGGCUCUCGGCUGUCUUGUAUCUCGACUGCGCCAUUCGCGGUGCUCAACCACGCUCUCCGCGAGUAACUACCGCGGUCACUCAGAUUCUGCGUCUUGUCUUUGUACUGCUAGAGCGAGACGUCACGGCCGGGCUCGCAUGGUCUAUCUUCGUCGCAGCUGUUGAGCUGGACCCACUGGAAGACCUGGUCUGGACAAUGGAAACAAAAACAUCGACUGUACCACGCCAUGGACGCAACUUCGUUUUAUUCGCUCUUGACAAGAUGGCUGGGAGCUCUGUUUCCAAUAUCUCGCAGACGAGGUCGGUCAUUGAAAAGGUCUGGCAGUCGAGGGAUUUGGACGUGCUUCCCGACGGGUGUCACGGACGAAACGACUGGGAGCAACAUGUGGCUCCAUUCUGUCAUGGCCUCUCCUUGGGAUAA